UGUUGUUUAUUUAAAAGAAACAAACAUUUCUUUGUGUACACAGGAGUUGUGUACAUUCUGUCUAUUCUUUUACAUAUCGGUUUUACUUUACGAUCGGUACCUCUAUCUAUCUAUCUAUCUAUCUGGGUUUUGUAGAUUUUUUACAUCAAGUUUUACUUACGAUCGAUACCUCUAUAUAGAUAUUUGCAAUUGGUAAUCGAAUUUAUUAACUCAUUUCAUAAAUGAAUUUAUCAUUAAUAAUAACGCAUGACCCUGAUUUUAAACGUUACCGAUUUGCACGGUACAUUGUUGGAUCAGUUGUGUAAAACGAGGGACAAUUCAACGCACACGUCGUCUUCAUCAUCAUCAUUUUACAUGCACUUCCUCUGCUCACAUAAAAGUCAUCGCGGUGUGAGUUACUUCAUAUUUGCAACCACUCACUUUAUAGACUAACCAAAGGACACCAUUUUGCCUGCAGGUUUAAUUUUUCGCAUGGUUUCUACAGGUAGCUGCCCUUCCUGAUACCAAUCGCUUUACAGAAUGGAGUGGGUACAUUUUAUCGUAACACCUGCACAAGAGAGGUUUCAAAUCCGAAGCAGGACACAGCAAAUGAAUCUUCUUUAGUCUACACUAUUGACAGAUAGAUUCUCCUUCACCAGCCCCUGGCAUUAUAGACAGAUGUAAAUAUAUAUUAGGGAGAAUAUACGAAAAAACAACAACAGACGAGGACAGGUGGUGUAAAUAACAAAAGGAUGUAUUAGUAUGACGCUCGGGAAUACGGAAAGUCUUUGACGUUUCGAGCUACGCUCUUCAACAGAAAGAAUACGGAGACAAGGAGAAAAACACGGAGAAAAAAAAUUGAAUAGUGUCCAGUCAACGGUCAAUCAUAAUCAACAUAUAUAUAUAAUGAUGAUGAUCCAGUCCAUAUUGUAAACUGGUUGGCAUUUGGAAGGGCAUCCAGCUAUAAAAGCCAUGCCAAAACACAAAGAAGUAUGAUGCAGGCUUCUGCCUGGCCAGCUUCUGUCAAACCGUCCAACCCAUGCCAGCAUGGAAGGAGGACGUUAAACAAUGAUAAUGAAAACAUUUGCAACCAUGUGACUUUGGGUUCAGUCCCAUAGUAGAGCACAUUUGGCAUUACUCUACACUAUACCCUUGGGUCAACCAAUACCUUGAUUGCGAUUUUGUUUGAAGGAAACUCUCUGAAAUCCCAUCAUAGCCAUUAUUUCAAUGUCCACUGAAGGCAACAAAGCUGGCAGAAUUGUUAGCACAUUGGACAAAAGGCUUACUGACAUUUUGUCCAUCUUCGUGUUCUGAGCUCAAAUUCUGCCAAGGUCAACUUUGCCUUUCAUCCUUUUAGGGUCAGUGAAGUACUGGGAUCCAUGUAAUUGACUCCCUUCACCCAGAAUUUCAGGCCUUGUACAGAAAAGAUUAUUUUAACAUCCACUUUUCCAUGCUCACAGCCAUACCCACAUUUAGCCACAUAUGUGUGCGUGUGUGUAUUGUGUAUGUGCAUGUGUGUGUGUCUGUCUGUCUGCUUGUCAGUAUGUACAUUUAUGUGUAUGUUGAAUGUAUGUGGAGAGGGUGGCUAUGAAUGCAAUAUAAGAGAAAUGAGAAGGGAUCAAGGCUUUUGGAUUUAUGUUAUGCAAAUGAGUAAAUAUUUGCAUUCAUAACUUUAGAAGACCAACCAACCAUUUUAUCUCCUACCAAUAAAACAAACCUGCAAUCCAAAUAGACUUUAUAGUCACCAGGAAACAGUAUAAACAGAUAGUUGUGAAUACUAAGUGUUUCCCCAGAUAAGAAUGCACUACUCGACAUAGACAAGUGGUUAGAGAUGCCAGAGAAAGAACUGGUUGGGAACUGAAAGAACAGUUUGAUAAACACCGGAUGAGAGAGCUUCUUGGUGACAUAUGGGACAAAGAAGAGAAAGAAAUAGAGACUCGUAGCACAGAAGACAACUGGGAGGUUUUGCAGGCCACAGACAAGAUCUGCUGUUGAGACCAAGCACAUGAUAAACGUGGAGAGGAAAAAUACUGUAGACAGAGACAUAAAAGAUAAAAAAUUAAAAAAUACGGCCAUAGACCAAAAAAGAGGACAGCAAAGACCCAAUAUCAAGUAACUAGAAUAGAAGGUAGAUGUUAGUUUUGAUUAGUGCAGAAAGAAGCAGAAAGCAAGAGGUUUAUUGAUGUUCUAUGAUGAAAGGAGUAGAGUUAAGAGGGGCUCAGGAUUGCAAAAACAUUAUAUUGGGGUGAUUCAGAGAUAGCUGGGGUAAAAGUGUGUUUGGAAUGACAGUGGCACACUUACCCUCAGUGAGGCUAAACAGAAAGAAGUUUGGAAAUGUUAUUGAGAGAAGUUAUAAUAAAAAGAAAUAGAACGAGGGACAUAGCUUAUGGAUCGUUAGUGUAUUUCGUUUUAUCCAUGAUGGUUUUUUUAUAGAUUACAUCUUCUAAUUCUAUUUCGGGAUUAAUUGUACUCUGAAAUAGAAAAUGGAUGGAAUCUUGUCCAGUGCGUCACACUAUAUUUAAAGAUAAAUGAGUGAGAUCUAGCAGAUAUUUUUAGUAGGUCGAGGGACCAUGCUGAAGAUAUUACACUGGUAGUAGAUGCGUUUGUCCAUUGUACAGUUAUAAAAUUGAUUCCGAAUCAUUUUAAUAGUAAACAAUUUGAAUAAAAUUAGGUUGUUAGUAAAUUAUAUAUCUUACUUUCUCGUUAAUCGUUGCUGAAAAUUAUUAUUAUUAUUAUUAUUAUUGAUAUUGAUAUUUAUUGUUUAAACAAAAGCAAUGCAAUUUCAACGAAGAUUAAAAUUCAAAUUACGUUUCGUCAAGUCAGUGUUUAUUUUUAUAUGUAACCGGAAGUUGCAUGUUGCCGAUAUUUCAACAUGGCAGUGUUAGAGAAAACUCCUCAAGAAUGUCGAUUACCACAGAAGAAAUACUUCCGACAGCGGGCUCAUUCCAAUCCAAUCGCUGACCAUACGUUUGACUACCCUCCAAAUCCUUCUUGUAUGAAAUGGUCUGAAUAUUAUCCUGAAUUUUUCAGUGGAAAUUCAUUAUGUAUCCCAAAAAUUGAAUUUGCAGAUAUUGGUUGUGGCUAUGGAGGUCUUUUAGUGUCCUUGUCACCAUUGUUCCCUGAUAAACUGAUGCUAGGAAUUGAGAUCCGUGUGAAAGUGUCGGAUUUUGUGAAGGAACGAAUCAAAGCAUUGCGUACCAUGAAUCCUGGAAUGUACCAGAACAUUGCUUGUAUUAGAUCCAAUGCCAUGAAAUAUCUUCCCAAUUUUUUUGAAAAAGGACAGCUGACCAAGAUGUUUUUCCUGUUCCCAGACCCACAUUUCAAAAAGACCAAACAUAAAUGGCGCAUCAUCAGUACCACACUUCUAGCAGAAUAUGCCUAUGUCCUCCAACCACAAGGGCUGGUCUAUACAAUCACAGAUGUGAAAGAGGUCCAUGAAUGGAUGGUACAACAUUUUGAAAAUUUCCCCUUAUUUGAAAGAGUCCUGGAUCAUGACCUUCAAAGUGAUGUUGUUAUUGAGAAACUUUAUGAAAGUACGGAGGAAGGUCAGAAGGUUACACGAAAUAAAGGAGAAAAAUUCCUGGCUGUGUUUAGACGAAUUAAUGACCCUUACGUUAGUAAAAGAUGCCCCAUGGCAGAUACAAUGCUAACGCAAGAAAUGAAAAGACAUGCAGUCAUUGUUGCCAUAUGUGCAGAACGCAGCGAUUUAGAAAUUGCCAACUUUCUAAAUGUUGCAAGAUCCUUUGUUCACAAAGUUCGGACGGAACUGGAAGCUUCCGGUGGGAAUGUUUCAAUUGUAUCAAAGAGAAAAAAACAUUCUAAACGUUCGGACGCUAUAAGGACACCGCAGUUCAUCCAACGGGUUCAACACAUUGUCAGUGAUAAUCCCGAAAAAUCAUUGAGGGCCGUUGCUAAAGAACUUGAGGUGUCAGAGUGGACUGUCAGAACUGUGGUGCAUGAGGACAUUUAGUACCAUUCGUAGGUGUUGUGUAAAACCAAUUCAUGUCUGCAAAGAUAUUUGAUCUGUGCCAAACAAUUACUGGGAAAAGUUUUAAAAAGUCUUCAGGAACACAGCAUGUUAUGGUUUUCUUCUGAUGAGAAAAUCUUUGACCAAGGCCCAACAGGAGAAAUGAUAGAUGGUUAUCACUCUGAAGGACGUCAGUGAUGCACAUUAGGUUCCCAGCAACUGGAAUGGUUUUAGGAGUGGUGAAUAACAAAGGCCAUGGCAUGCCACCUCACAUCUUUCCACACGGUUUUAGAAUGAAUGCUGCUGGAUGUGUUGAGGUGCUGCAGACAGGUGUUAAACCCUGGAUGGAUGAAGGACACAGCAGAAGGCUGUAUGUGUUCCAACAAAGUUCAGCACUUUUGCACAAAGUCCUCUCAACCCAAGAAUGGAUAUCAUACAAUCAUGUACCAUUGAACCUGUGACCACCUAACUUGACAGAUUUAAAUCCCAUGGAUUACUACGUUUGGAGAGUUCACUGAAGGCCACCAUGUUCCAGGUGAUGGUGUCUGAAAUGAAAUACAAACCAUUUAAUGCAUGUCAACGAUUCUGGUCCCCCAUCGAAGCUGAAGGCAACUCACAACACGCGUUUCCAAUCAUUACUGGAAAAAACUUCCAGCCAUUUUGAUACCAAACCCACCUUGGACUGCCCUUGGUUCUAUGGUACCUAAUUGAGUAGAUCUACAAUUAAAGGGACUCCAGCCAUAACCACCCAUCUUAGUUUUUCCUCCUCCAGAAACCGUGCCUGGGUCCACUGUUUCCAUCUGUGUGUGGAGCAAAAGUGAAGUUAUCUGUACUGAUUUUUGAGUGACAGUUGACUUGAAGAAAUCAGAAUCCAUCGUAGCCGAGAUUUCAGUAGAAUUUCAUCCUCAUCACCAUUUAAUGUCUUGUUUUAAAAGCGAUCUAAAUUAAAACCUUCCAUCAAAAUUUUUAUGUUAAUUUAUGUUCCAAAUACCAGCUUAAUAACGACAAAGUUGUUUUACUAAAUUCUUCAUGAUUUUCAAAAUUAAUUAAAACAAAUGCAGAGAAAUUUCAAUAGAAAUAUGGUAACAAAAGGGUUCGAAGGGACACUUGUAUUGGUAUCUCUUUCAUUGGUGAGAAAUAUUCAACAGCCACACUCUCACCUUCACAUCAACAGUAAAGUCAGUGAAAGACAAAAAUAAGCAACAAAGUCUAAA